GUCGUUUUAUCACGCGGUUCAAUUGUAGGAAGUGUGAUGUUACUGUGAUGUUAGGAUAUUGACUUAUAUAAAAGACAAUAAAGACAAGAGUAACAGUAGAAUCACCUUUUAUAACUAAACAAAUCAAACACACCAAAAAUGGGUCUAUAUCAAAUACUGCGGUGUUUUGUUCUCUUUGUUUUCUUCGCGGAGAAUCACACUGUGUUCAGCUCCUUUACCAGCACACCCAAGGACAUAACUCCGACCAAAACAAAAAUCUUGGUGCUCAAAUGCCUGCCUAGUACGGAAGGCUUGACGGCCAUCUUGGCCAUCAACAUCAAAAAGAAAGAGGCCAUCUCAGACAGCUCGAGUGACCCGGGCCAACCGUUUGGGGAUAACCCCCACAAGGAAGGUCAGAGUUCAACUUUUGACAGUUUCGUCAGGGCGGCCAUUUCUUCAGGGAACAGGAUAACGGUAACACCAACGUCGGUUAGGUGA